AUGCAGGCCACCAUGACCCCAACCGUUCGGCUCUUCGUUGUGGUCGCAGUGGUUAUGCUGGCGCCACUUUUUAUCUCGGGCGUCGAAGGAAGCGUCUCCCGUACCUUCAACGAGGCGUGCGCCGUGUGGAACGCUCGCGCUCUUUACCAGAGUCAACCCACCCCUCAGUGGCUAGGCAGCUCUCUCGACUGCGCCACAGGGGGGCCGGGCGUCAUGCAGGAGCUGGUGCCGGAGAACGUGCUCGACCAGUUCAAUCUCUACCGCACGCUGGCCGGCUUGCCCAACGUCACCCUCAACGGCACCAAGAGUGACGGCGCGCAGGCUGCGGCCUGGUGGGACGCGGCACUUAUCCAGGCUGGUGGGUGUGACCCGAACAAUUUGGACCAGUGUUGGGCCAACACAUCCUCGCCUUGCUACACUGAGGAUAGACAGACACGGGCCUCGAGUAUUCAUCUCCAUCAGGUGCGUUUGGGUGGAACGUACUUCGAUGUGGCCUCCAUCCUUGAAGCCGGCUACCACGAUAUUGUCCUUUACCCCGAGACGACCAGCAUCGGCAUUGGCAUGUACGGUAAUGAGACUGGCGUGAACGGAAACUUUACCGGUUUUUCGUGCCAGACGAUCGAUGCUGCUGGCGCCCCUUCAUCGCCGAACCGCAGAGACACGACCUCAGGGUGGUAUGCCUACCCCCCUGACGGAGUGCUGGAGGUCUCGGCCAUGAGCGGCUUGCGCAUGUGGAAAUUUGUCACGCAAGCGCCCCUCGGUACCUUCUCCAAUCGCGAUUAG